GAGACCGGAAGCAACCAAGAGCCGACUCCGAGAAGUAAGAUUAAAUCAAUACCGUCAGAUUACCCCAACGAACCUUGCACCAUCAAUCGUCUCUGAGCCUCAAAUUCGACGGUAAUCUUGAGAGACAGGAGUGAAAAGGACCCAGAAAGUAUCAGCCGCGAUGUCGGAGCCGCCACCAAACAAUGGCUUCGUCGGUCGCGUCCGCGGCGCGUCGCUAUCGAUCAUGAAUGCGAACCCGCAGCUGGGCAUGUGGCAAGCCACUGGUACAGCCAUCGCCCAAGCGCCCAAUCUCACUGAACUCCGCGACGCCGAAUCUGGUGGCGAUAAGAUCGAAUUCAAUGCGCAAGGCCACUCCGCGCGCUACGCUGUCCCCGAGCCAGAUGGCGAGCUCACGCUGGUCAGGACAGCGACACUCACCCGCAGACCAACGGGGCCAAAGUUUGACAAGGACCCUUUCACCGAGGAACCCAUCGCUAUUCCUGAGGAGGUAGACGUGGAACGGGGGUCGACGAGGGAGGAGACUGUCACUGAAGCGCCUGGGGAACGCCAUCACCACCAUUUUCAUCCACGCGAAAAGCAUCGACAGCGACUGGAGCGACGACAAAGUCUGUAUGAGAAACACAAAGCUGACGAGAAGGAGAAAUGGGGCCCAACAAUCGUCAAUGGCCUCAAGGCCUUUUGGAAAUUCUUUCUCACGCCAUCUGGCUUCCUCAUCACGCUCUACGGUCUGAACAUUGUGGCAUGGGGCGCAAUGCUCUUCUUCCUCCUGCUGAAUGUCGCACCAGCCAUGAACCAUCCCAGCGCCAAUGACAACAACUCAGCGCGCAAGAAAUGGAUCGAGAUAGACAGUCAGAUCCUCAACGCCCUCUUCUGCGUCACGGGUUUUGGUCUCGCCCCAUGGCGCUUCCGCGACUGGUACCGUUACACCCGCUCUGUCUACUGGAAAGACGUUCCUGCCAUGCAGAAGCUGGCCGAGCAGAACAAGGCUUGGUUUCGACCUCCUGCCUGGGCGACUGAAUCGAACCCGAGCCCGGCUGACUCGACUACCGAACUUCCUCGUUCGACCACGUUCACUGGCGAGAAGGCGCCUCCGACACCGCUUUGGAAAUUGGGAUUCACUAUCUAUAUGAUGGUGUUGAAUACAUUUCUGCAAGCCGUUUUGUGCUAUUUCAUGUGGGGGUAUAAUCGUAUUGAUCGUCCCAGCUGGGCUACUGGUACUUUCAUCGGCCUCGGUUGCGGGACAGGAUUGUUGGCUGGUCUGAUGUCGUGGUGGGAGGGCCGCAAGGUCAAGAAGAUUGAGGGACCCGAGGUUAAAGUCGUCACUGUAUGACGGGAUCAUAGUGCGCAAGGUCUAUUCAAAGUCUUAUAGAAUUUUAAUUUAUGUAGUACCUCUAAAGUUCAAUGUAAAUCUCUGAGCUAGGACUCCAGAGAGAGCAAUUCGAUUAUCAAUUUACAGAAGCA